AGUUGGUUUAUCCCAUGAACGCACUCCUCUUUUUCUUCGUUCAUUCCAUCAUCGGCACGGUAGUGGCUCAGAGAGCGUCGAGGAGGACCUGCAGUCAGACAAGUUUCUGUCGGCGCUAUCGUGACUGGAUAAGCCUAUCCGAAGAAUUGAGGACUACUUACUAUAUCCCUCCGGGUCCUCUAAGCAGCAGCUCAAAGGGCACAUUCAAUGCUACCGUUAAAAUCAGCGCACUCGGUGACCAAGGACCCGAUGCUUUCCAAUUGCAGUUACGCUUCUAUGUGGACGGGACUGUCCGGUUCACAAUGGAUGAAAACCACGCUUACAUUGGCUGCGUUAGAAACAGGUACGUUAUUCCUUCCGGGGAUGUUAUUCAAGACGACAGCAUGGCGCUCGCCGGAGACAUCAAGUACACCUACAACCCGAAGGAGAAGUCGUCCACCUUCCAAGUCGGAAAGUCGCUCACUGUGGUAUUGAUGCACGAGGACGUGGUAUUGACAAUUGCUGUCGACGGUCACGUUGUACAGACAGUCAAUAGCAAGAAGCACUUGGUGAUCGAGGGCACCCGGACCGCAUACAACGACAAAUGUCCCUACAACUUGUCGGCUAGUGAAGACGUGAAGUACAUCGAUCCGGCUUGCUCUCCCGGAACGCAUGACGGCAGCUGGGCGGAGGAAUACGGGGGGAAGAUUGAUUACAAACCAUAUGGUCCGUCGUUGGUGGGUAUCGACAUUUCGUUCUCGGAUGUUGAGGCUGUCUACGGCCUACAGGAGCGCGGCACUACUUCCUCUAAGCUAGAGUCAGGCGGAACAAGCGAUCUGGGUCUGUACAGGUUCUUCAACUUGGACUUUGGGGCGUAUCCAGUCGAUGGGGACAGAAACCAUGGAGCGAUAUAUGGAUCUAUCCCGACACUCACCGCUGUGCAGAAGAAUAGAAGCAACACACCCUUCGUCUCAUCUCUGCUGUGGGUUAAUCCAUCAGACACUGCAGUGGCCUUGAGUGGAUGUUGUGGAGAUUUGUCAACUAUUUUCGUCUCCGAGUCCGGUGUUAUCGAUCUAUUCCUCUUCCCUGGCAUGAAGCCUCAAGAAUUCUCGACUGCAUAUCAUCAUACGACCGGGUUGCCCGCCCUCCCACCACUCUUCGGUUUAGGAUUCCAUCGCAGUCGGUAUGCUAUAGAGAGCCAGCAGUAUACUGAAGAACUAGCGGCCAACUACACUCGGUUAGGAUUCCCGGUUGACGUUUUUUGGCUGGGAAUCGAACACACUAAAGGGAAGAUGUACUUCACAUGGAAUGAAACGCUCUUCCCGGAUCCAAAGAAGAUGUCGGAAGAUUUACGAGCCCAAGGAAAAGAGAUGGUAACCAUCACGGACCCUCAUAUAAAGGUCUCGAAAGAUUACCUCGUUUUUACUUCUGGUGUUGAGGAGGAUGUAUUCGUGAAGGAGAUCGAUCGCGGGCAACGUAAGCCCAGGGAGAAGAUUUUCGAAGCGCAGGCCUCACCUGGGCUGAGCGCAUGGCCGGACUUUACGAGCGCUAGAGUUCGAGAUUGGUGGGGAAGGUUUUUCAGCCCGAACGGCCAGAACGACGACUUCUAUGGGUGGAAUGACUUGAACGAGCCCAGUGUUCGUGAUGUACCCGAGAAAACGAUGUACCGGGAUCUAAUCCACUCUGAGGGGACUGAGCAUAGGGAUGUUCAUAACUUAUACGGUCAUUAUUUCCGCUGGGCAUCUUUCGAAGGUCAGCGUCUUCAUCGCUUUCCAGGCAAACGUCCAUUUGUGCUCACGCGUAGCGUUUUUGCUGGGAGCCACAGGUUCGGCCCCAUGUAUACCGGGGAUAAUGUUGCUCAAUGGAAUAACCUCCAAGCUGUGAUACCCAUGACAACGGCCUUGGCCGCUACUGGAGGGUUCUCAUUCACGGGCUCGGACAUCGGUGGCUUCUCCGGACAUCCGGAUGCCGAACUCUACACCAGAUGGUCCCAGCUCGGCGCGGCCACCAGUGCUUUCUUCAGGUUACAUUCGGACAUUCAUUCCCCCCAGAGAGAUCCCUGGUUGUACGAUCAACAUACACUCAAUCGCCUUAAAAAUGCAACGCUGGAAAGAUAUAGGCUUUUGCCGUACUGGUAUCACGCCUUUGCUCGAUAUGUCUAUUAUGGUGAGCCUGUUAUCCGUCCGCUUUGGUACGUCUACAUCGACGACCCAAACACGUAUAAGUGUAGCACUACUGGAUGUGAUUCCAUCAUCGACCAACAGGUGCUAAUUGGCGCUGAUAUUAUGGUGCGCGGGGUAGUAGAGAAAAGCGUGAAAAAGGUGAAAGUUUAUUUCCCUCGACACACUCAGUGGUACAGCACUGCUGGGAAGCUCAUGACAAGCGGAUGGCAAGAUGUUGAUGUGACCAUGGAUGAUAUUCCGCGUUACUUCCGCGCUGGCAGCAUCAUACCGCGAAAAGAUACUUACCGCAGCUCGAGUAGGUUAAUGAUUGAGGACUAUUACUCUAUCUAUGUCUACCCGCGUCCUUCGGACUACUCUGCUGAGGGCUACGCGUAUACAGAUGAUACCGUGAGCUAUGACAGCACUGACGACGACAAGCAUAACUUCUGGAAACUAACAUUUAAAGACCGCGAACUGAAAGUAUCCCCUGGCGGAGGAAGCGGUCACUUCGACUUUUGCAUCUACAAAAUUAUCAUUAUAGGACAAAAUCAAGCCGGAAGAUUUGAUGACGUCACUAGAUUGACGUGGGACGUCGGGCAUGAAGGAGGAGAAACAAUAAUGAAGAUUCCUCCGGAGCUUCGCUGCGUGCCCUCUUGCACAGCCCGAGUCUUCAAUAUCACCCAGUGAGGAAUCUAUCGACCGGCGGCUUAGUCCACCUCGAUCCUCGGAUUUUUAUCGCUUUUUCGGAGGGAGUCUAAAUAUUUAUGGUUGAUGAUUUUUUGAUACGAGUCCAUGACACUCGAGACCUCGCAAUCUCCACACAAGA